CAGCUCUACUAUUUUCCCCCAGGCCACCACACCCUCAGCUGCUGUUGUUUCCAACCCUUUGCCUACCUCCUCCCAUUCCACCCCUUCCGCUUUUACUCAACUGAUCUUUAGUUCUUCACGAGACUUAAGACAGCUUAUCUGCUUUGAGGACGUAGCUGUGCUGGGGAUUGAAAACCGUUUUCAGGGUUCUUCAAGCAGGAGAAGGGAGCGGGAUGUGGCCACCCACGCUGAUCCUGCAUCUGCUUCUGGUGGUCAGCUUGUCCCUCAGUGCCCAUGGUGAACAAAUGUCUUACAGACCUCAGAACUGCACGCUUGAGUGCAUCCGCCGGGGAGAUCCCAGAUGUGAAUACUGCAGAAUCUCAGCAGACGAUGUACAGAUAUCUCCCAGCAUUCCCUCCUCCAGCCCUUUUGGAAUCUCGUUUCCGCCUGAGCGGUACGGUACAGCACAGUUGUGUGCCUUGGCCUUGUCACUCUUUUCUAGGUCAGGAAACCCCAGAGGUCUGCCAGCAUUAUGUUCAUGCACCACGCAAUAUUCAGAUUGAGUUUGAAGCCAGUGAAGAACCAACAUAUGAUGCUAUUACUGUGUCAUGGAACCCAAGCCAAUACGGUAUUGCAUUCUUGCAUGGAUUUCAAGUAACCCUUCAGGCUCUUGGUGGAUCUCAGGUCUUAUGUCAGCUCUUUCUUCUGGGUACCAAUCUAUCGCUCACCCCUGCACAUGCCCAGAGGGUGUAUCACUCAGAUCCUUUCACACACCUGUCUUUGGAUAGCGAGUAUGUCGUGACUGUCAUGGCACUGCCCGUCCCUGAGCGGUGGGACCAGUUCUAUAAGAGGAAACAGUUUUUCACACGCACAUGUCCUGAAGAAAAUGGUCUUGAAGAGUGUAAGAAAGACUGGUAUCCCAGAUACGUUGAAGUCCACCAGGAGAACCGGGAUGUUUAUGUGACCUUUAACCUUGCGCCUGAGAACUUCAAAGUCCAUCAGUAUUUUUCAUCAUGUUUCGGAGGUGGCCUACGUAAUUACACAAGCAUUAAACCAGAUUUCAGUCUCAAUAAGACACAUCACACGUACCGACUGCAGAAUCUUCGAGCAGGUACAAACUACACCUGCGAGAUUGCUGCUGAUGUUGUGGAUGCAGUAAGGAAAACAUUCAUUGUUGUAAUAAAACAUAGUUCUGAAGAACUGCCGACCCCACACUUCACAGAGAGCUCUUCACUAAUGGUGCUCUUGUCUGUGGGAAUCCUGCUUGCUGCUACCGCAGUGCUCACCUUCAUUGUUGUCUACAAGAAACAACUCAAAAAGAAAACAGUCCAGACCAAAAUGAGACCAGAGGUCAUUGAACAGUACUAUGACAAAAAACUGGAUGAAGGACAGUGUGUUUUGCUGGACAGAACCACCCGCCCCCCUCGCCUCCUGAUUUGCUACUCAAGUAAUGAUGGUCCUGCCCACGUCAAUGUCGUGCUGCAACUAGCUGUGUUUUUGCAAAAGCACAUGGCUACCCAAGUGCAUUUGGACUUGUGGGAGGCCUUGAGUAUUAUGGAGGAGGGCAGUAUGGGCUGGCAUUGCAGGAGAUUGAGUAAGUGCGACUUUGUGUUGGUCAUCUGCUCACAAGGUCUCCUUCAGAACCAGAAGAAGCAGUCUGAGGAUGAGGAACCAUUAGAGAACACUGCUUUGGCUAUCGUUUCCAUGAUCGGAGAGGAGCUGUGCCAUGCCAAAGCGUUGGGUCGAGACCUCUCCAAAUACAUGGUGGCCACUUUUGAGUACUCUCAAGAGUCUGAUAUCCCAGCGGCACUAGGUCUCGCUUCAAGGUACACCUUGACUAAAGACCUACCCUUGCUCUUCUCCCAUCUUCACGGAGUGGCUUUGCAGAAGCCUGGAGUUUACCUACAGGUGGAGAACAUUUCAGAAAGUGGGUAUUGUAAACUCCCUGCUGGGGCUGCACUACAGCUGGCCAUCCAGGAGGCCACGGCACAGUUCUCUGAGGAGCCGACUGAAGAGGAACAUAUAGGAAUUCCAAUCAUUUCAUAAGGACUUCAAAACUGCAUCAAUUAAUGGACUCACACCAUUCUGACAAAACAAAGGGAAGUGUGUUAUUUGGAAACAGUCCUUUAGGUAGGUUUAUUUUUACUGACGGAUUGCACCAGGACUUCCAUGGUAGCUGCUAGUACUUAUCUAACUUCCCUGAUUUACAUCUUUUGAAUGCCAGACCAUAAAAUGGACAACGAAAUCACACAAUGUCAAUGGAGGUACAAAAUCAAUGUACAACGAAUGAGGAAUCUGAGACAUAUCUACAGACUGGAAUAUCAUAUAGGUACCCAGAACACCCUAGUAACCACAUAGCAACAUACAGAACACACAUAAGAGUUUUGCAUGGAAAAGCACCAUCUAGUUUUACCUCAAUUGCAUCUUGGGCCACAUUAGAUUGUUGUGAAAAAGAUAUAAGAGGGAUCCGGAAGUAUAUGAGGUUACCGAAUGCUGUGAAUGAUUUUCUUCAUAUAAAUGUGUAUUUAAUUUGGCUUUUUUUUUUUGUUCUGAUGCUUAUGUUCAUGCAUGUUAAACAUCAUGUUACAGUAAAUAUAUUCCUAGUAAUUGCAUGCACUUCCACUGCAAAUAGAAAAAGAGGACACUUUCGGUUUAUUGCUGUGAAUGACUUUAAAUUCUGUAGUUUGCUGACCUGAAAUGUUGUUUUUAAUUACCUUUAUUAUAUUGUAUGUAACGCCAGUUUCUCACAAUUGUAUUGCUUCACAACAAUCUGUCUUUGUAUAACAUGAAGGGAAAUAACUACAUUUUAUUGUGACAAAAUAUCUCUAAACAUCAGUGCAUGGUCUUACACUAUAAUAAUGCAAGGCUCUUUAUAUUUGUAUAAUGCGUAAUCUUUAUAUUAUUAUAAUGCAAGGAAAUUCAGACACAAUUAAAAACACACCCGUGUCUUAGUGAGUUUGCAGUGCAUUAACACAUCUAGCUAAUGCAUUAAUCGUUACAUAAAAUGUUUAGGAAACUGUAUGAAUGUAUGACGUUUUACAAAGAAACUUUCAUUGCUUUUGUAAAUAUCUAGGGCUGUUUUGUUCGACUGAUGUUUUUUUAUUGGUGUACAAUUUGAAACAGCUGGCUCUUCACACAGAAUACCUCCUAUUAGAAAGCCUUGAGUUAUGAGUAUGAAAUGUAUCAAGACACAACAUCAAAUUUAUUACAUAAAAUUCUUUCUCUUGCAUUUGAUCAUUGGCAAAGAAUUUA